AUGGUGGGGUUGUUCGAGGCGUUCAAAGGCAAGGAACAGGAGAGAGUGGGCGCCUCGUGCGCCACAAAGCAUCAAGCGACAGUCGCAAGAAAUACAUCGACGUAAAGACGCAUAGACUUUCCGUAACUCGGAACCAUUGCAACUACCAAAGACACGUCGGGAGUUACCCCGAGGAUCCACGCCUGUGGAACGGUCACCUACGCACUUUCUCCCUCUCAAACCACACAUGAGUACUACCGCAGUAGCGUUCGUAAGGAUGACAUAAUGCACCUCACGGACACCCUCCCUGAUUCUGUACGUCGUCACGAAUGCUGGCAAAAAUCAAGUACUCAGGGUACUCAUAGAAAAGCAAAGAAAAUAAACGAAGGGAAACCCGGCCACUGGAUCAAAACCCUCCGCCUCCAAGGUCAUCCUGCUGAAUGACUUGUCAACGCAAAAUCAACAUAGCAGUCACCAAAUUUGCGAACCUCCGCGUUUACAAAUAAAUAUCAGACAUUUGCUACUUCUCUUCAAGUAGCCCUCUCCCAGCAACGAGAUCCCUCCUGUAUCAAGUUGCUGUUAGUCACCGGGGCGCGCCUACAGCCCCAAGCACCAAUGCCAAGUAGCAGCGGAAAAACGAAAGAUCUGACUCUACAUCGCUCAUCACAGCGGAAAACGAAAGAAUAUCUGACGCUACAUCGCUCCCAACUGACGUCUAAAAAUGGGCAGGCUACCAAAUCG